AUGGCACCACUCCUUUCCAAGGCUCUUGCAUCCCUGGCGCUGGGCGCCACUGUCACUCAAGCUCAACUUUGGGACAAGACCAUCCAAACCAGCUAUGGCCCAGUCGAGGGUUUUGAGUACUUCAACCAGACCACGCUCGACAAAUACUUCAACGGCACUGAGUCCAAUGUGGCUGCCUUCCUGGGCAUCCCAUUCGCCGCCGAUACUGGAUAUCAAAAUCGCUGGAAGGCACCACAGCCUCGAGAGUCAUGGAAUGAGACUCUUCAGGCCAAGAACUUCGGCCCUGCCUGUCCUACCAGCUCGUCUUCUGAUAUCAGCGAGGACUGUCUCAGUCUGAACAUCUGGACCAACGCCAAAUCGGCAAGUGACAAGCUUCCAGUCAUGGUUUGGAAUCAGGGCUCCGAUGAGACUAGCAAGAACACCUGGUGGUACGGUGGUGGUAUGGCUCUGAAGGAUGUCAUUCUCAUCACCUUCAACCGCCGAGACGAUGCAUUCGGCUACCUUGCUUCUCCCGAGCUCAACGAGGAAGGCCUUGAGGCAUUUGGUCACAAGACUUCCGGCAACUACGGUAUUCUUGACCAACUCGAGGUUCUCAAGUGGGUGCAGAAGAACAUUGCCAACUUUGGUGGUGACCCAGACCGUGUCGUCGUUGCCGGUCAAUCUUUCGGCUCUUCUCAGGUCUACCAUGCUGUCAACAGCCCUCUCUUCACCGGCUACUUCCAUGGCGGUAUCUCUGAGUCUGGCAUCAGAUACCCUUACGAUACCCUUCUCGCUGGUCUGGCGACCUCUUAUGUGAACAUGUCUACUGCCAUCACCAAUGGUGCGAGCUACAUCAAGGCUCACAAUGUCUCGACCAUUGAGCAGAUGCGUACCCUCUCUAUGGAAGAGUUGAUUGUUGGCGCCUCGGACCGCGUUGGAAACAAUUCCAUCUGGUGGGUUACCGCGCUCUCGGCCGGCUAUCCUCUCAUCUUCAAGCCCGUUCUCGACGGCUACGUACUUCCCUCUACAUAUCUCGAGACUCUGAAGAAUGGCCCUGCCAAUGAUGUCCCCGUCAUCACGGGUAAUACCAAGGAUGAAUCUGGUGCUUCUACCACAACCGACUACACCCCGGAAGAAUACAAGUACUACUGUACCUUGAAGUACGGCAGCCUCUCGGAGCGCUACUUCAAGCUCUACCCAAGCUACAACAACGAGACCAUCGCUUCUCAUGCCUGGAAUGCGGCUGCUCGCGAUACUUCUCUCGUCGGCUCAUGGGCCUAUGCUACAGACUGGUACAAGGCUGCAUCUUCGGACUUUUACACCUACUACUGGACCCACGCACCCCCGGGCCAGAGCCAGGGUGCUUUCCAUCAGUCUGAGAUCAUGUAUGCCCUCAACGCUCUCUACGCCAACGAUGAGACCUACCCCUUCACCAAGAUCGAUUACGAGAUCCAAGAGAGGAUGUCUGCCUACUGGGCCAACUUUGCGAAGACUCUCAACCCUAACAAGGGCGGUUCCUACACUGGAAGUCGCUUGUUGCCCCGUUGGACUCCUAACAGUGCCAAUGGUACUCAGGUUGUUAUGGAACUUGGUAACCAGUUCAAGAAUGUGCCCAUUGCUAAGCCUCAGCAGGUGGAGCUUCUCAUGGACUACUUCCACCAGCAGGUUCCUUACUAA